UAACUCAAAGCCACGAUCGUUGGCUUCCACAGCUCGGCUUUUAGAUCUCCUUUCACCGAUGCGAAACCCCUCAAUCACGUCCAUGGCGGUCGACAAACCCUAAUGCUCUAACGACCGCUUACCUCCUACAGUAGUCGUUCGAUUCAUGAGCGAAGAUCCCCGGAGGCCGAUUCGCCACUGAAACACAAGGCGGACAGCCUCCGCACACUGAUCGGCGGCCCCGUCGCUGCUGCGAUAACCAAGGCUUCCGCCUGCUUCCGGAAUAUCCCUGUUGGUAAGGACUUCCAUUUCCUCUUCAAUUUCGAUGGGUUCCCUGUCAAGGAGAUUAAAGAGAAAGCCGAGUCUUCCUUGAGCAGCAUCGCCCGCCGAAGCUAGCCAAGGACCUCGACGAGACAUACGACUAGCUUGUCGGCCUCAGCGACGAAUUGAUCGAUCGGGUCGCAAUCUCUAUGGACGAGUUCAAGAGUUUGAAGGUGAAGGAGGAAGAGUCGGGUGGGAAAACUACGGCAAUGGAACUGGAAGAUGGCGGGUUUAUGUUGGUUUACGGGAAGAACAAGAAAAAGAAUGGGGGUGCACGCAGUACGGACAAAAAUGAGGCCUUCCCUGCCUCGUGCUCUUCGUCAGUUGUUAAUGUAGCAACGAAGGACAAGAGGACAACAGAAGCGCGUUCGAAAGUGCCAUUUCACAUUCCGACCAUUCCACGGCCACAAGAUGAGUAUAACAUAAUAGUAAAUAACAAGAAUCAACCCUUUGAUCAUGUAUGGCUGGAGACGAGCACAGAUGGAAGUCGGUUCAUUCAUCCGCUGGAAAAGUUUUCUGUUGUGGACUUUGUUGAUAGAAAGUGUGAAGGUGACCCUAUUCAACCUCUUCCUCUCAAGAGCACUCCGUUUAAGCUGGUGGAAGGUGUGAAUGACUUGAAAAUGGUAGCUGCUAAGUUGCAGGGUGUAGAUGAAUUUGCGGUGGAUUUGGAACACAACCAGUACCGGUCAUUCCAGGGGCUCACCUGUUUGAUGCAAAUAUCUACGAGAGCUGAAGAUUUUGUGAUUGACACCCUCAAGUUAAGAAUACAUAUUGGACCACACCUGAGAGAAGUUUUUAAAGAUCAUUCCAAGAGAAAGAUAAUGCAUGGGGCUGAUCGUGAUAUCAUUUGGCUGCAAUGUGAUUUUGGCAUAUAUGUGUGCAACCUUUUUGACACUGGACAGGCAUCAAGGGUAUUGCAAUUGGAAAGGAACAGUCUGGAGUAUCUUCUGAAUCAUUUUUGUGGAGUAAAUGCUAACAAAGAGUACCAGAAUGCAGAUUGGAGAUUGCGCCCUAUUCCAGAUGAAAUGCUAAAGUAUGCCAGAGAAGAUACACAUUACCUGUUUUUUAUAUAUGAUCAGAUGAAGAGAAGAUUGCUAGCAGAAUCAUCAGAUGACAACGAUCUUUUAUUGGAGGUCUACAAGCGCACUGGUGAAAUCUGCAUGCAACUUUAUGAGAAAGAACUUUAUACAGAUACAUCAUAUCUUAACAUCUAUGGGUUAUCAUACAUUGAUUUAAAUUCAGAGCAACUUGCAGUUGCAGCUGGUCUUUGUCAGUGGAGAGAUAGUAUUGCACGUGCAGAGGAUGAGAGUACUGGAUAUAUAUUACCUAAUAAAACUCUACUUGAGAUUGCAAGGCUGAUGCCUACUACUUCUGUAAAAUUACGACGGCUGGUGAAGUCAAAGCACCCUUUUAUUGAGCGCCAUCUGCUUUCUGUAAUUGAAAUUAUUAAGCGUUCAAUUGCCAGUUCUUCUUCUUUCGAGGGGAUAGCUGAAGAGCUAAAGGAGAGGCGGCUAGAAGCACAUAUGGAAGAUAACCGAAACACUGGAUCAAUCCCAGCUACUGAUGAACGUAUGGAAUCUACAAGUUCUGAACAUGUUGAUCAGAGUAGCAGCAUUGCUACGGAAACAAGUGUUGAAACUGUUAAAACAGUUGGACAUGUUACAGAUGUUGUAGAAGACUGCCCCAAACAAUCUAUCUCAAGGCCAAGAAGUGGGAACACGCCGGCUACUAUGAUGGAGCAAGAAAAUAAUGCUUUGCCAUUGUUUGAAAUUCAGUGCUCAUUGAUGCAACCUGAGAUAACUGAAAAAAUAAAGAAGGAAACGAGGGAUAAGAAAAACAUUGAACAUCUUCCACAAAAACAAGGUGAAAUUGCCGCCGUCCAAUUAUUGGAUAAACCUACUUGUGCUUUUGGAGCCUUAUUUGGAAAUUCUUCCUCUAGAAAAGUGCUUACCUCUGAUAAAGUGGGUCACCUUAGACAGGGUAAGAAUGUUAGUAAAGUCGAGCACAUUAAAUCCAGUGUAGCUCUCCCAUUCUAUCAUUUUUCUGGUGGGGACACACCUUCAGAUUUUCAUGUCGUGGAGCACAAGGAGCCUUCAGAUUUGCAUGUCAAGGACAUAGAUCCUCCAAAAAUGCAUGCUGAGGAGGUCAUACCACUGGAUACGAAAAGUGACCGUGAGCAGACUCUUAUUGAUAGUUCAGCAAGAGACAAUGUCAUGGAUCAUGUGGAAUGUUCUGCUCAUCCCGACACUGGCGGUGGUGGAGAAGAUCAACCUGGAUCUAGUGCUACUAAUGAUCCAGUCGACAUUAUCAUAAACUUUGACAAGUGCUUUAAGUCGAUCCAUGAGAGAAGGAACUCUCAAAACCAACUGAAUCCUAGAACAUCACGAAAGCCUGCAAAUAAUCCUAGCGUGCUACCAUUUGAUUAUUCGGCUACAAGGGGAUAUUUUAAUUUCGAUAAGAUUGGGGAGGGUGAUAAAGAUGAAACUGAAGACAAUGGCAAAGUUGAAGGAAGAUCAAGAAGUUCUCAACCGCGUCGUCAAGGUUUCCCUCCUAAGGGCAACAGAAGCAUGACAUAUCAUUGACGUUAUUGAAUGCAUUUGUUCCUUCAUUUUAAAGGCAAUUGCAACAGUGGAUUCAUUUAGAUCACCUUUUGCUGGCAACGGUGCAUCAUCAAAAUUUAUCUUAAUACCAGUUUUGUAUGCUGGCAACCUUUUGGCUGAAUUGCCAAGAUCAAAAUCGUUGGGUUUUGCUUUGUAUACAUUAAACACAUUAUGGUUGACGUGUUUGGAUACUUAA